AUGCACCUCUCAAUAACCGCAAGACGCCAUGGCUGGCAACGCCCUCUCCACCCUUUACAGAUUGUGGGAAUAUCAGUUUUCUGUUUCCUUGUAGCUUCAUUCUAUUGCUUCCUCGGGAUUUUCCUCAGCAACAGAAUCGCCGAGAUUACCCUCAUCACAGUCUUCUCCUUCGCAGCGGUUUCUGUUGCUAUGCUGUUUAUUAGAUGUGCAGCCAUUGAUCCUAGUGAUAAGACCAGAUUUAGAUAUAGAAAGAAGAAGAGAAAGGGAAAUUCUAUUGGUUUUCCAAAGAUAAAUAAUUGGCACAUAUUAGGCAGGAUUUUUGUAAGGUUCUUCAAAAGGAUGGAGCGUAGGAUCCUUAGGACUUGCAUAAGAAGAAAGUACCUGGAUCCUUGGAAGAGUAACAUUCAAAUGGAACCUCUUAUCCCAUUUCCACUCAUCGUCAAGGACGAUUCUAUAGCACCCGAUCCAAAAGAUGAAGACAUCUCGUUUUGCUCUCUUUGUGAUUUUGAGGUCAAAAAGCACAGCAAGCACUGCAGGACCUGCAAUCGUUGUGUUGAGGGAUUUGAUCAUCACUGCAGGUGGUUGAACAACUGUGUUGGGAAAAAGAAUUACACUGCCUUCAUUCUUCUGCUGAUCUCUGUCUUGAUAAUGCUCAUCGUGGAAGGAGGAACUGCUAUGGCAAUAUUUGUCAGGUGCUUUGCAGAUAAAAUAGGAAUACAACAGGAGCUAAACAGAAGACACUACAUGAAAUUCCCAAGAGGAGUUCUUGCAACCAUAUCAGUUUUGUUGGUGUCUGUGAUCGCCUAUAGCACGGCAGCAUUGGGACAACUCUUCUUCUUUCACUUAAUUCUCAUAAAAAAGGGGAUUUCAACAUAUGAUUACAUUUUGGCCAUGAAGGAAGAGAACGAGUCUAUGGAACUAGAAUCGCUUGAAGAUUCUGACCUUUCAUCGGAAGAUGAGAGUAUUGACAAUGAUUCACCUAAAAGGUCACCAUUUAUCUCGCAAUUUAUAUGCAAAGAAGGAAGAAUGGACCAGUUUCAGAAGACUCAAAAAUUGUCCAUAAGGAUUGAUGAACAACCUGAACCGUUUACCUUGAAGAAAAAGCAAGGGUUCCGUGCAAGCAUUGACCCAUGGAAACUAAUAAAUGUAAGCCGAGAGAAAGCUUUACUUGCAGCUGAGAAGGCAAAGGAAAGGCUUGGGAAACAGAAGGAGAUGUUGGUGGAAAGUGAUCCAAUGAAGCCACUACCUCUGGAACUGAAAAGUGGUCCGCUGAUGAAACCAGAUAAAAAUAUAAGUAUGGCACCUCUGAUCUCAAAAGGGGGGCUUAUAGGAUCACCUGGACAAUUUUCAAGUCCAAGAAGACGGCUUUCUUGUUCUCCAUCACAAAAGCACAGGUAUAAAAGCGAUUUUGAUUUGAAGUUGACUCGGGUCUCCACAGAACUGGAGUCCUAUAUAUCAAGACAGGUUGUAUGCUCAGUUGUAAGGAACGAUGGGAGUGCGGCUUCUCCAAGAUAA